UCGUGUGGUAUUGUGGGAUUUGUAGUACUUAAGUUUGUCAACGUCCGUUCUAUAGCUCUAAAUCUUGGCGAUAGAAAAAUCCCUUCCCCAGAAUGCCCCGAGGUUUAAAUGACCUAGUUUCUGCAGCUUUGAUCGAAGAAGUACUUGGCUCCCUCUUUUGAAAAACUGGCUGAAUAUUAAUUUCAUAAACAGAUAAUCGUGCUUCCUUAUCAUGACGGAUGAUGUAGCCUACCCGCCAUUUAAACUGGGCAAGGCCCGGUACGAUCAGACUACCAGUAACAUGAUCCAGAGCUGUAACACAAGCCAGCAUCAACCUGGAUAUCACUUUCACCCCAGCAUUUCACGGAGAACUGCAAAUUGCAUCACCAGCACACCACGUUUUCCGGGAGGCUGCGACACUACAUGGAUAUCAUUGACCCACGGACGCUCUUUGUAACAGAGAGCCGUUUGAAGGAAUCUAGAAAGCUGCUGGAUGAUUUUAAACAUGGACGUCUACCCCCAGGAGUCUCUGAUAAACAGCUCUGGGAAGCCCAGAAGAUCAAACAGGCUAUCAUCCACCCGGAUACUCAGGAGAAGAUAUUCAUGCCAUUUCGAAUGUCAGGUUAUGUGCCUUUUGGGACACCAAUAGUCAUUGGCCUCCUUCUGCCCAGCCAGACGCUGGCCUCCACUGUGUUCUGGCAGUGGUUGAACCAGAGUCACAACGCGUGUGUCAACUACGCAAACAAGAAUGCCACCAAGCCCACCCCAGUGAGCAAGUUUUUCCAGGGAUAUCUGGGCGCUGUUACCAGUGCUGUCUCAAUAGCAGUGGGACUGAAUUUGUUGAUCCAGAAAACCAGCAAGUUCAGCCCUGCGACUCUGGGUUUGAUCCAGAGGUUUGUGCCCUUCCCUGCUGUUGCCAGUGCCAAUAUCUGUAACGUGGUCCUCAUGAGGCACAAUGAGUUGACGGAGGGGAUCAGCGUGCUAGACUCCAGUGGAAACGUCGUGGGUUCCUCCAGGGUGGCUGCUAAACAUGCACUGAUGGAGACGGCUGUAACUCGAGUGGUCCUCCCCAUGCCUAUCCUGGUGUUGCCUCCUAUCAUCAUGUCCUUUCUGGAGAAGUUGCCUCUGCUCCAGUCCCGGAGGAGGCUGGUCCUUCCGGUACACAGCCUUGUGUGCCUCGCCACCUUCGGACUCGCUCUGCCUCUCGCCAUCAGCCUCUUCCCUCAGAUGUCAGAGAUUGAGGUGUCCAAACUGGAGCCUGAGAUCGCCACGGCAACCAAUGACAAGACGGUCAUUUACAACAAGGGUUUGUAGGCAGUGGAGGGUGAAGUCAAGGCACUGCCAAUCAACAUCAGGCAACCAGCUACCCGCCACCAAACUCAGACAAGAGGAUCGAAACGAGGACGCUGAACAGUGUUAGGGUUAGAUUGUUUUGUUUCAUCAGUGUUAGACAAUAGGGUUAACAACUUACAUGGUACUGAGCACUUUCAGAAUGUACAGUCUAAUAUAGUUUGUGUUCUAGGCCAAAAGUUUACUAACUUACAGGAACACUCCCAUGUGAACUGUACUGUAGAAUACAGAGCUACUUUGAUGAUGGUAAUGGCCAUACAUUCUUAAUAGAUUCAGGCACACACACACACACACACACACACACACACACACAUUGAUUUAAAACUAACGGCAAGCUCAACAAAUCUUCAAUGUGAGUAAGUAGUGGAUGGGUUAGUAGGGUUAAAAGGAUGAGGGUCUAUAAAAUGAACCAAAAAUGAAAGAUUUAUUGUGAAAGUACUCUUUUCAUAUUUUAAUUGGGAUGGAGAUAAAAACUCCUAUUGCAUAGCAGUUUCAUCCAAUUCAGGUUUUAAUAUGUGCUUGAUCAGCCCCCGUGCAUAACAAGCUCAGGAUCAAACUGCUAUGCAAUAGGAGACUUAUUUCCAUCUCUGUUUUAAUAUUUUUCACAUCUCAAAAUUACCUAGAAAUGUGCAAGUGCACCUACAUAGGAGUCGAUACACAUGGAAACAAUAUGAAAGUGUCAAUCAGCAAGUUUCAAACACAUCCUGUUGUAGUUCCAGUAAUGGUGAAGCAACUUCCAUAGUAAAUAUCUCAUUUUUGACUUAAGUAUGCUGGAAUCUACAUCAUGAGAAAUGAGUUACACAGAUACACCUUUUCUCUUUGGAGAUACACCUAGCAAAUGUCUCACAGGCGAGUACAAUUUGAGCGAAAGGAAACAAUCAAGAAAACAAAACUCUCCACGUAUGUCACUAUUAUAUAGUUCUACAACAAGAGGAGUUUUUUAUUUCAGAUUGAGAGUGACACAAACCCUACCUCUCCUGCACUGCACUGCUGCUCUAGUACCUCGUUUUCAUGCACCACUCAACCCAGUUCAAAACCCUGCUGCCAAUCUCACUUGCCCCUGAUUUUUUUGUGUGCUUUCCCAAAGCGGGCCAAAGCAGCGUGGGUGGAAUUACGUCACAACCCUGACAAGUCAUGUGACGAGUGUCCGGAAACGUUUAAUACACAUUCAGGGUGAGACAGUUUCUCUGUGUUUUAAUAUUCUUGUAGCAUUUUUUGAGAAGUGAAGCAAUAGCGUCCAUACUUUUGGUUUUGUAUACACAUUAUUGCGACCUUAACCGCAAGGUUUGCUGGGUAAGAACCGCCAAUAUCUGCCGAAAACUCACAUUCCAUGGAUAGUUUUCCUUCAAGUCGGGGAGACUAUCAAUGGGGGUUCAGGGGGAAUGUGGGACAACCCGGAUCAGCUCAGAUUGACGGUCAGUACUGCAAAUGGAAACAAGGUAUAGCAGCCUCUUUAAUCCUGGAUUCUGUUCAUUGAGAAAAUUGAUAACGAUUGCCAUUGAAGAUAUGCGGUGAAGGACUGAAGGCUUGCCAGACAUGUCUUAAUAACAAGCACUGGAAAGAACAGCUAACCAGUAAAUCAGUCUUAAUGUGCCAGAAUGUUUUUUAGAGGAAAGUUGCAACAAGGUUGCGUAACAUAAUACCCUACACUAAACCUCACCUCUGUGAAUCAACACUGAGCUGAAAAGUGGCUGCCAGGAAUGAUUUAAACUGUGAAAAUACCUGGGAUGCAAUCACAGCUGUGACAUGAACUAAUCCUGGCUUUUUUUCUUUUCAUUAUAAUUUUUAUUUUUUAUUUUAUUUUAAGAAUACACAUGCAUGAAAUUCUGCAGAAAUAUUAAUGUUGGUUAACCAAUUGUUUUCAGAUAUGGAGUCAUAAUGGAUUAAUUAAUUUGUUGUUUGCAAUUAUUUCUGCAUAAUUUCUUCUGGGGCCUUUCAAACUUGGGUAACACUUUACAUUGUGUCUUUAAUUACUGUGUAUUUACGUAGUAGUUACUUAGUAAAUACAUGUAUACUUACACAUAAUUACCAUGUUAUUAUGUGUAGUUACAAUGACAAUGUACUUAAUUUGUAAGUAAAAAAGCAUGCUCAAACUCUAACCCUUUUCUGAUACAAAUGUGAACUUACUAUUAUGCAAAACUAUUUAGACAUGAAGUAUAUUGUAACUAUGCAUAAUAACAUUGUAAUUGUAUACAUGUAUUUACUAAGUAACUACAGUCAAACCUUUAUUUAACGACCACAUGGUCUAAGCGACCACUUGAAAUUCCUCCCAGUGAUAUUUGUGCUUUUGUUGAACUGUAUCAAGCGACCACAAUUCUCUUACCCAGCAACGGACUCAAAGCUGUAUUAAGCACCCUUACACAAGGCUAUUGUAUUAC